ACCACCAUUUGUACUUAAAAAUCAGUAAUGGAUUCAACACAGAGACCGUUGCGUAGGGCUGGUGGGAAAGUAAUCACCAUACUUAGCAUUGAUGGAGGAGGGGUCCGAGGCAUUAUCCCUGCAGUCAUCCUAUCCGCCCUUGAGGCCCAACUUCAGAGAAUUGAUGGCCCUAAUGCCAGGAUUGCGGAUUACUUUGAUGUCAUUGCUGGAACAAACACAGGAUCAAUUGUUACAGCCUUGCUUACAACCCCAUAUACCCCUCCUAAUCCUCCUUCAUAUGCAUCCAAAACAGAUCCUCCUUCACUUGCAUCCCAAACAAAUGCUCCUCCAAAUGCAUCCAAAGCAAAUCGUCCCCGCGAAGCAAAAGAGAUCCCAGGGUUCUACAAGAAGCAUGGCCCGUCAAUCUUUCGUAGGGAUAAAGCCCCUGUCCAUACCAGCAACUCAGAUGAUUGGUGGAGUGCUUUGGUAGGAUUCCUGAAGAAGCAGCUGCAGGACACAUUGGACUUUCUCCUAAGCGUCAGAUAUGAUAAUUCCAAACUUCAGCUCAAAGUGGAUGAAGAGCUAGGGAAAAUUCAGUUGGCUGACACGCUAACUAAUGUUCUUAUCCCUGCUUAUGAUGUUGAACACCUUAAACUAGUCACCUUCUCUUCUCACCAGGAUAAAAAUAAGGUGCCAAAGUCAUCAGUACUAUUGAGAGACGCAGUUUUGGGCUCAGCUGCAGCUCCAAUUUCUUUCCGAUGUCAUCAUUUCGAAGCUGAUGGCAAAAUUUACAACCUUGUGGAUGGUGCAAUGGCAGCCAACAAUCCUACAUUGCUUGCAAUACGUGAAGCAAUCAAUAUAUUUGGAAACCGAGGUGAUCAUAGGUUCCUGAUCAUCUCCCUUGGUACUGGCGCUGAAGGAGAACAUCAUGACUUCGUCGAUUUAGACGGUCCAGUUCGUUGGAUAUUAGACCUUAAGAGAGGUACACCGCCAUUGGCCAGCGUGCAGUUUGAGACAUCAGCUGACAUGGUAGAUACAUACACAUCGAUUUUCCUUGGAGGUAGCCAGAAUUCUCGUCAUCGGUUUCUCCGAAUCCAGGACUAUACAUUGAAGCCUGAGCAGCUCACAAUGGAUAAUGCAACUGAUGAAAAUUUCAAGAACCUGACUAAUAUCGCUAAUAGACUUCUAGACAAGCCUGUUUCUUUCCCUAGCUCGUGGUUUGGUCUAGAGCCAACGACUACCAACAGAGGCGCUCUCGGGAGAUUUGCUAGAGACCUGUCCAGGAUAAGGGUUGAUUCUACUAAAAGACAGCCAAGAAGAUAAGUGGUGAUUCUACUAAAAAACUGUCUGAUGAAAAGAAGAAGUGGUAGUUCUUCGUCCUAUGGCACUGGCUUCUUAAUGUAUUCAAUCAUUCCUCUUCUGUUUCUCCUUUUUUCAUACAAGCUAUAUGUUAUGUUUCACCAUUAGAUGGAGGAAAAAAACUCUUUGAAUUUGAUGUCUAGGGAUAUAGUUAUUGGUAGUCCCUGUGAAAAAUAAUGGAUGUACAAUCCACAUCUUAAGAAAUAAAGCUCUUUCAGAUGAGCUAUUCCUCACAGCAGCACUGCAAGACAUCAUGUAAGUAUAAAAGAUGUAUUAUGACAUGGGGCCACAUGACCAUAAUCUAAUUAAGGUUGUUGCA